CGUCACUGGCAUACAACUCGAGUGACCACUGCAGUGCAAGAGAGCCGGGGUUCACGACGGAAUUCCUCUUGAGCAAUGCAGAACCCAAGACUGACCUGACCAACUGGCAUCAAGGGGAUCAUUAGCCGAAGUGCUUUCACUUACCGAGUCGAGUAUCAUAGUAUUGAAACUAUUAUCAUUACAAAAGGGCGAAGCCGAGCUAUCGAAAGACUUGGACCUUUACCUUCAACCACAGCAGCCACUACUACCUAUAUUCACUGCUGAUACCGCAGUCUACCGCCACUGCUUUCUAAUAUCGAAAGCCAUUGACUUGAAAGCGAACCACAUCGUGUCACGAUCGACCGCCCCGCAAAUACUACCACCAGUCCCUACUAGACAGACACAGCCCUUUUUCGACGGCGAGUUCAAAGCAAGACAAACAAAUCAAAUUCCAAACUCGACAAACACGACAAUGUCUCGUCUCAUCACACCUGUCUCUCGCCGCUCCCUCGCCGUCCUCACUGGCUCCUCCUUCUCCUCGCCUUCUUCAUCUUCUUUUUUGCUCCGCCGUCCUCUCUCGACCACCGCUCCAACAUUCGCCAAGGACACACACAGCACGCCUGGCUGGGAAGGACGAGGCACCGAAGGCCACGCCGUGAACCGGUCACAGCAUGACCCUGUAUCGAAGGGUGCCCAACAGGGCAUCAAGGAUAAGCAGCAGGGAGGCGAGGACAGCCAGGCCAUCAGCCAAAAGGGUGGGAGUGCCAACAAGAAAGCCGAACAGGAACAUCCGGAGGCGCCGCAGCCUGUGAUUGGCAUGAAUGAGGAGAGAGGAGAGAAGCCUCAGUAAAUCGACACGCACGGCACCUCGAAUCAGGGCCAAAAGAUGAUCUCCGAAACGCAAAGCUGGACGGAGCAGACCGCGUGGGCAUCCACAAAAGGCGUUCGAGUUGCAAAGCAUUGAACUGAAAAGGUCUGACGGACCUGUCUGUAUAUAUAACAUGGCUUUGUUUGGAAGUUUUAUGCAUUAUUGUUAUUCUGUGCCGUCUUCCGAUCGUCCUAAAAUCGACGCAGAGUCCUGAUAGCUUGCCAAUCAUCAAUCCGUGUCUAGGUAUAAAUUAAAUCAUGGUUGCAUUGCACAUAAAGA